AUGACCACCAUUCACACCUGGAUGAGCAAGGUGGCCCCAUAUCCUUUUCUGAAUCUGCUGGGAGCCCCUCUACGGAGACCUCAGGCGCGCAUCGCGAUGAACGACUUCGGGCUGCUGGCCACGUUGCAGUGGCACGUGCCGUUGGAGUUGGGAGGUGGACCUCUGAGCCAUGAGGUCUGGUUUGGCCCCGUGGAGGAGGACGACGACUUCGAAGGCUGUGCCACUCGUGCCACGGCGCUGCGGGAGUUGUGGCAACACGUGCCCUGCGGCUACAUGGAGCCCAUCUCGGAGGAUGACGACUUGGAGAAUUUGACCUUCCAAUUUGAUGUGCCAAUUCUCCAUGAAGGCUUGACAUAUGCCUUUCGGGUGAGGUGCAGGAACCAACACACCGCCCUGGACUGGUCCGAGCCUUCCCUGCGCGUCUCUGCCUGUGUGGUGCCGCCCUAUCCCAGUCAGGAGGCCUUUUCGCUGCUUCCCAUCAGCGAAAGUGCUGUGCAGUUGGAAUGGGCUCCAUUCUAUGCCUCAGAUGGAAUGAACUUGGUGGAGUAUCGCGUCAUCGCGCAGGCCAGUGACUGCUCUGAAGCCAGUGAGCAGGUGGUCGCGUGUUUCAUCUCCGAUGGCCGCCAAGCCACAGAGACUGCGACGGUGACGUAUCUCCAGCCCAAUGUGUCGUACAUCUUCGCGGUGGAAGCCCGCUACCCGCACGUUGGCUCGCGGGACUUUUCCCGUGGUCUCACCAGUGAGCAGUUCUCCUUUCACACGGCCGAUCUCACGCUGCCGGCACCACAGGUGUUGGCGCUGGAUUCCGCGCCGGUGGAAGUGGCCGGAGCUUCUCAGGGUGCUGUGCCUCUACUUCUUCGGUGGCCUUAUCCGCAGGAGCUUUCCAGCCAGCUGGUCCUACAAUACCGUUCAGCGAUGCCAGUACAACCAGGACGUGGUCGAUAUCAGGUGUUGAUGUGGAACUGCAUCCAUCCCAGCGCUUGUGUUCAAGCACAGUUGAGGUCCGUGGAUGAUGAGCCAAUGCAGCUCAGAGUCCUCCGACUGAAUCUACAGGAUUGCACAGCGGUGCAGCUGCGGGUUGUGUUGCCCCGAGGUUCCGGCAGUACGGCCUCACCACCUUCGGCCUGGUUCUGUCCACAACCACCAUCCAGGCCUCAAGGCAUGAAGCUGCGAUUGGCCGUGGAUGGAAGCGGUGGUGGAAUCAAGGCUUUGAUGUCUUGGGAGCAAUUUCGAGCUCCGCGUCAUGCGGAGGAACUCGGUGCUGUGGCCUGUGCCGUUCAGCACGACUUUGAUCGGGGGAAUGGGCCUUGUGCCACUCGAUUUCAGGUUCGUCUGAGGAUGGAAGGACAGAUUUGGGAAGAACUGCAGCCGCAGUUGUUGCCACGUCCAAGGAAAGAUGUGACUCAGCAGAGAGAGGCCGAGUCCUACGAAUGGAGCUUGCAGGAUCCGCGCUUGGCCACUUUGGGACAGCUGGAGGUGCAAAUGCGCCAUGGAAAUGCCAUUUUGUGGUCCAGUUGGUCGGAGAGUAGCCGCCUAUCGGUGGGGCUGGAAGCGCCACGACCGGUAGGGGCGCUUCUCUUAGAGGAAGUGACACCCUACUGCGUGAGUUUGUGUUGGCCUCCCUUCGCGUCCUCCGCGCAGCUGCCACUGGAGUAUCGCGUGCAGUGCAGGGAGAGCGACAACGACAGAGAGUUGGCGUGGCAUACCGUCGGCGUCUUGGAGGCCACAGGCGAGUCUGACGCCUUUUUGCGUCACAAAUUGAAGUUCCUGAGACCUGAGAAAUCCUACCAGUUCGCCAUCGAAUGCCGGUACCAAAGUCUACCAGCAGUACCGGGGCGUUUGGAGACGACCCAAAUUCAAUUGGGUCCCAGGCAAUUUCCAAAUUCAAGCGGCGCUUGAGGACGGUCGACACAAACCCAUGAAGGGCGCAGGUACAACAUGGUAAAACAUGGUAAAACACUGUUUCCACAGAAACAUGUGCGAAACAUGUCCAUUUUAGAUGAAGCUGGAUUCCUGGUGAUUCCCGGGACAUUUGUGACAUAGAAACGACAUUGGCUUGGAGCCUCGGUCCACAAAGUUCGGCUGGGGUUUGAGUGCAAAAAGCCACUCGGGCCAGCGUCUCACCGUAUUUCGAACGCCACCUGUACAAGAUGUGUGGGAGGCGGAGGCAAAUCAGGCAGG